CCCUCUUCUAGCUAACUACCCGCCACCAUGGCCGAAUUCACGCCCGUAACUCUGACCCUACCCUCGCUGGGGCCGUCGUUGGCGCUGGAGAUCAUCCCCUUCGGCCUCACCAUCCAUCGCAUCUUCGUGCAGGCGGAUGGGAAGACGCACGACAUCCUUGUUGGCCCAGAGAAACCUGAGGACCACAAGACGCGCCGGUACAUCAAUUCCGUCAUCGGGCGCUACACGAACCGCCUCCCGGUCAAGCCCCUCCAGUUCGAGCGUAAAGGCAUCAAGGGCGAGUUCACCCCGAUCCCGAAUGAAAGCCCCCGCGUUUCCCUCCACGGCGGCCCCAUAGGCUUCGGUGACGUCCCGUGGACGCAGCUCCCCGCCUCCUCCAAGCCUGCCCUCUUCUCCGCUGCCGAAGUCGCCGCCCUCGGCGCGCCCUCCGGCGCCUUCGCCUUCUUCGCACACGACUCCCCAGCCGGCGAUCAGAACUACCCCGGCGCGCUCCACCUCGAGGCCCUCGUCGCGCUCAUCCCGCCCGCCGCUGCCUCCUCAUCCCCCACCGCCGAGCAGCCCCUCGGCUCCGUGCUCCUCCUCUACCGCGCCAAGCUCGCGGACACGCCCACCCCGCUCGUCACGCCCGUCAACCUCACGCAGCACUGGGGCUUCAACCUCGACGCGUCGCUCGGCGAGCUCGACGUGCGCGGGCACAACCUGUUCCUCGCCGCGGACCACUUUGCGGAGCGCGACGCGGACGCGCUGGCGCUGGGGACGUUCGCGAGCGCGGCGGGGACGCCGCAUGCGCACACGGGCAAGCUCAUUGGCGAGGGGUACCCGCCUACGGGAUAUGACGACUACUACCUGUUCAAGAAGGAUGCGGUGGCGCCCAUUCCCUCGCAUAUCCCUGCGAGUGAGUUCACGCCCGAGAAGGACCUUGUAUCCUCGCUGGUCGGCGCAACGAGCCCGCAUUCGCCGUUGGCGAUCUUGAGCUCUGCGAAAUCGGGGCUCAAGGUCCGCUUGGACUCGAACCAACAUGGCACCAUGUUCUACUCCAAUUGCUGGAGCAACCCAGAGAAGUCCGGCACGCGCAAGAAGAUCCACGGAGGCUCGGGCGACGUGAACGCCGGGGACGGAUACCCGCCGCACACUGCCGUCUUUCUCGAGUUCCACCAUCCCCUCGCCUCCUUCCUGAUUCCGGAGAACAAGGACACGGACAUCGACACGCUGCUCACCACCGGCGAGCUGUACAACAACUACGUGCGGGCCGAGAUCAGCUACACGCCGGUCAAGGUGUGAGGUGCGCGCUCAAUGCUCGUGAUAUCACGAUCUACGCGCUGGUGGGGGGCGUGAAGGGCGUACGCGCGAGAAGAGGUGAAAGGGAAGUAGAUGAAAGAGAAUGAACCAUCGGAAGGAAUACAAUCCUGUCUGUAAUUCUUAUGUAUAUGUAAAUCUGGAUUUUCGUGUGUACGCGUGGACUAUGCAUAGGAGACGAUCUCGGGAUGGGGAUGGAGGAAGCUUAAGGGUAGGUUGAAAUACGUAUCACAAGCGGUAACGAACCGACGAAGCAAGGGAGUGUACAUCUUAUUCUGUCGCAGUGGUUGAUCAUGACGGAGUCAGGAAUGAAGAACACACAGUAUACAAUAGUGAGAGCACAUGAGAACGAUGCCCG